AUGGACCCCGACUUUCUCAAAAACCUGGAAUAUUUCGCCACACCCAACAAUCAAACAUCCACCAUCUCCGACCAGGCCGGCGAAUCGUCCACUGCAGCUGCCACUCGCAAUGAGACCGACGCUGCCUUCUGGGAUGCGCUCGCGCGAGGCGAGCCAUCCUUGACCGGGUCGUCUUCCAAUCCGCCUUCCGCAUCAGUGCCCUCUUUUGCGCAGACCUCCACAGCGCCGACGAACCUCUCGUACCGGCCCGUGCUGGGCCAGGCCAAUAAUAAACGACCGGGGCCUGGGCUUUCAAGGACAACACAAAAUAUAACGAGCCCACGAAGAAAGGAAGGGCACGAGAAGAAGAGGACCAAAAUGGACCCGGAUGCGGCAGCCCUAGAGUCGGUUGACUACUGGAUUCAAUUUGACGAUGAUGACGCAGACAACAACCUGGGUGGUAGUUUUGAAAUCGACUUUUCAAAACGGCCCAGUAAUCCUUCACAUUUCGGCAGACCACCAGCGCGGCUCAAUCCCUUGCCUACGACACCAGGGUUGGGCACCGGCCUUUAUGCAAACCCAACGUUCAGAGAGGAUGACUUUCUCGACGAUGGCGCCCUCGACAAUGCGCUGUCUGAGGAUGAGGACUUUCUCGACAACAUGAAUUUGGGCGAGCAGCUUUCAAACAUUGAAACUCAGCCCCCAUCAGAAGUGCCGCCUCGAGAGGGACUCUACUCAACACCAUUGAGCUGGGAGAAACCAGCCCCCGGCCUCAGAAUGAACCCGCUUUUUGGCCUCGGUGCGCCUAUGCUGGACCCCGAGCAAAGACGAUUGCUCGCCAUUGCCCUCAACGCAGGAGGAUCCGCCAACAACAUUGCCUCCGGCUUCGGGUUUGGCAUGGGAGGUGACAUAGGAUCGGACGAGAUCUCAAAGGCAGCCGGCGACGAGCCGACAAAGUCCAAGGGCAAAGGGAAGGAGAAGGAGGGUGAGGCACCGAAGCCUGCGAAACAAACGAAGGCACAGAAAGCACAAGCCGCCAAAGCCGCCGCUGCCGCAGAGGCGGCAAAUGAAAAGGGGAAACUGGGGGACCGGACCGCGCACAAUGAUAUUGAGAGGAAAUAUCGCACAAAUCUCAAGGACAAAAUUGCGGAGCUCCGAGAUGCGGUACCAUCUCUGAAGUCCAUGCCUGAUGAGGGCGACGAAGACGACGAUGACAGCCAGACACGGGGAGCGCCCAAAGUCAGCAAGGGAACCGUUCUACUGAAAGCGACGGAAUAUAUUCACCAUCUCGAGAAGAGAAACCAGGCAAUCAUGAAGGAGCACCAAGAGCUCGCUCGCCGGCUGCAAGCAUUCGAGCAACUGUUGACGGCGACCGCUCGACAACCGUUCCCAAUGCCGACUUACAGCAGGGACCAUGUUUGAUCCCCGCGGAUUCUGUUAAAACUUACCCUUAUUCGCACGACCUUUCACGGCCAAUUUGUACAUCAUCUGCUGCUUGCAGUAGCCCAUAUAAUGGAAUGAACUGGGAGUUUAUUGGG